UUUUCAUGUCGCGUUGUGUUUCUAUGUUGCGUGUUGUCCAAGAUGCCACGCCUGCAUAGACAACAAAACAAUGGAUAAUGGACGUGUGUAUAUCUGUAUAUAUCAGCUGAUUGACGGAUGAUCACAUGACAUCACGAUACGUCAAUUGAAUUGUCGAUAAAUUGAACUCUGCUGCAUUUCCCUUGAAUUUAUCGGAGUAGAAUAAAAUUACAGACUUCUAUCGCAAAAUGGCGACGAAUUAUAUAUGGGAUGCCGAAAAUGCGGCAUCAACAUGCAAUACUGACGAAACCGCACCACUUCUGUCAGAGGGUGGUCAAGCCAACAUGUCUGAGAAGAUCGGUAUCUCGCAACAAACUUUGGUUUCCACUAAUGGCCAAAAAGCUAAGAAAUUGCCACAAUACCUGGCAGGCAUAGCAGCAACGCUUGGUGCUCUCGCUGCUGGUAUGGUACUGGGUUGGACAUCGCCUGCUGGUGAGAAUGGCAAGAAUCUGGCGCAGGACUACAACAUAUCCAUUAGCCCAAGCCAAUUCUCCUGGAUAGGAUCGCUCACCACUCUCGGAGCAGGCGCGAUAUGUAUUCCCAUUGGUAUACUGACAGAUCUGAUUGGCAGAAAGACUGCUAUGCUACUCAUGGUGGUCCCUUUCACUAUUGGUUGGCUGCUUAUCAUCUUCUCGAAUUCGAUCCUCAUGUUCUACUUUGGUAGAUUCAUUACUGGUGUCAGCGGUGGGGCCUUCUGCGUGGCUGCCCCUUUAUAUACAUCAGAGAUAGCCGAGAGCGAGAUCCGUGGUAUGCUUGGUUCUUAUUUUCAAUUGAUGCUUACUGUAGGUAUUCUGCUCUCGUACAUUCUUGGGGCCGUUCUGGAAAACAUGAUAACACUGUCAAUCAUUUCGGGGAUUGUGCCACUAAUCUUCUUCGCAGUAUUCUUCUUCAUGCCAGAGACUCCAGUAUACUACUUAAAGAAAGGAAACGAGGAAGCUGCCAGAAAAAGCUUGUCCAGACUUCGCGGUGAUCAGUAUGACGUCGAGGUCGAAUUGCAGGAGCAUCGCGAGGCACUUGAGAAGACCAAUCAAAGCGGCGUGUCAUUUGCUGUCAUGAUUAAAUCACGGGCUGUCAAAAAGGGCCUCGUAAUCGCUUAUGGAUUAAUGCUCUUCCAACAAAUGAGUGGUGUAAACUCCAUCAUUUUUUACUCCUCGGAUAUCUUCACCAAAGCUGGAAGUUCUCUACCGCCCGCUAAUGCAUCUAUUAUUGUGGGGGCGGUACAAGUAAUAUCGGUUUUCUUGAGCACAUUAGUCGUUGAUAAAUUGGGCAGAAGGAUAUUACUGCUGACGUCGAUCGUGGUUAUGUUUUUAAUGACUUUCAUUCUUGGAAUUUACUUUUAUUGUAUCACUCAUAAUACUGCCUUUGACAAUCUUAAAUGGUUUGCGCUUAUUCCACUAUGCGUUUUUCUUAUAAUGUUCUCCUUCGGCUUUGGCCCGAUUCCAUGGAUGAUGAUGCCAGAAAUCUUCGCGCCAGAAGUGAAGGGAAUUGCUGGAAGCAGCGCCUGCCUAUUCAACUGGCUUGCAGCUUUUUUAGUCACCAAGUUUUAUAAUGACAUGGUUGACGCUCUACAAUCUUAUGGUACUUUCUGGAUAUUCUCUUUAUUCUGCGCUAUUGGUAUUGCAUUCGUUUAUUUCUUGGUCCCAGAAACUAAGGGCAAGACACUGGAUCAAAUCCAAAGGGAAUUGAAUGAUUAAUAGGUUGAGUUAGAGUUCCUAUUAAAAAUAUAAAUUGUAAAUAUAUACAUAUAUAUACAUAUAUAAAUUAUGUAAAUAUAUAAGUUACAAUACUUAAACAAAAUAUACGUUGUAAAUUGAUAAUAUUGUAUCAAGUUUGUAUCGCAACAUGUAUAUAUUUUUAUGGCCACAUAAUGUUCCAAAUUUUCUAGAUUGCCAUUUUAUAAUGUAUAAUACUGUUCAAUAUCCUCAUUGUCAUUUCAUUAUACUAUAGUACCAUCUUAAUCCUCACCUGAUGGAUAUCAUCGAAAGUGAUAAAAGAAAAUAAAUAUACAUUUCCUGUUUUCUC